AUGAAUUCGAAACACUUCACUACAGUCGGAGGAAAGAGAAGGAAGCAUGUCCAUUUGGAUAUGCCCGAAGCCUUCAUCCCGGAGUCCGCUUGGUUUCAAGUGAUGUUAUACGUGGCAACCCAAUCAUCGGAAGAUCUCUUCCGUAUGGCAUCUGUGUGCCCAUUGUUCCAAACUUUGGCAAACAGUCCACAAGUGGGGAACACCAUUUCAAUGGCAAAGUACCCAUACCAUCCUAUCUGGUACCGUGCCAGACCUGCGGUCCAGCAUUUCUUGGAACAAUGCAGGGCUUGCGAUAACCCUGAGUCCAUAUUUAGAGAAGCAUUCGAUAUUUUUUUCAGGCACGGUAAGGUGGAAGCGUUGUAUGGGAUGCGCAUUGCAGCCACGGCAGGCCAUAUGGAAGCGGCUUAUGUAGUUGGACUACUUGGUAUGUCCGGAAUUGGUCAGUCAAAAGAGGAUGCAUUACAAUUCUUGUGUUCUUUGAAUCAACGUAACAACAUUGAUAUGAAAGGAACCAGGGAUGCUUUGACACGAAGAUUAAACACAGCAUGUGUUGCAAAACAUAUCGUAGAUAUGUUUGACUAUGGGAAGAUUAAGUUUAAUCGCUGCAGCGCUUGUAACAACAAUGAAUGGUUAGUUGAUGUAGUUCAGACCAUACCUGGGGGAACUCUAUUUCCUAUGUGUGGUAUGAACUUGGCAUUCAACCGUGAACUGAUUGGACCAGCAAUGUACUUUGGACUCAUGGGUAUUGGUGAGCCAAUUGGAAGAUAUGGUGAUAUGUGGGCUGGCUAG